AUGAGCAACUACAAUUGGCUUUUUGAUAUGGACUGGACGCGGAACGAUCAGGUUCAACAACCGAUCAUAGAGGACCCAUUCUCUGCCUUACCCUUUGAAAACAAUACGGUCUCUGAAUCGAUUCAGGGUUUAGAUUUCCAACUGGAACAGGUGGAUAUGGAAGGUUCGCUAUCGACGGUCGGCCAGUUUGGCUCACUUCCGUCCCAGCCAAAUAAGUCUCUUCAUGACCAAAACCACCACUCACCAACUGCGCAAUUGAUCACGCCGCCAAUCGAUAAAGCGCACAAAACAGCUGGUUCGCCGUCUAAUCACGAGCCCUCCGGACCAACGACAGACAACAAUGCUUUCCUCGACGUUGAGCGACCACUGUCUUUGCUGCAGCCAUCGCGAAGCCUACCGAUCAUUGAUGAGCUAGCUCGUCAGCAGCUACUUGACCUCAUUGACAUCGUACAGCCUACUGUACCAGACGGCAGUAUAGUCAUGCGCGACCACCCGCUGCUCUCGUUAUCAUGCUUGCAAACAUACUGCGAUUUGUUCUUCACGCGUUUCAACACCACGUAUCCAUUGAUACAUAUGUCUACGUUUGACCCGUCAGAGGUCGAUACACUUCUCCUUGUAUCAGUCUUGCUACUAGGCGCAACAUAUGGAGAGAAAGACGCACACCAGCUCGCAGUAUGCAUCCAUGACGUGCUGCGGCCACAGAUCUUUGCCAAUGCCGGUUUUUCGGCGAAGCCAGAUCUCUGGGUCCUUCAAACUAUCCUAUUGGUCGAGUGCUUUGGCAAAAGCAGAGCCGGACAAAAGCAACACGACAUGUCGCAUCUCUUCCACGGCUUACUCAUCAACCUCAUUCGGCGGAGCGAUUGCCAAAGUAUCCGGCCACCAACACCGGAAGAAGCCACGGAUGAUCUUGAAGAUGACUGGCGGACAUGGUGCGAAGCAGAGCAAAAGAAGAGGUAUGUAUUCAUCAACUGA